UCUCUUUAACUGAAUACAGCCCUAGUUAAGUACACGGCCACCUUUACCAAUUUACAAUGGCUUGACUGAAACUCGAGAUUGUAACUCACUGAGCCUUUGAAAAUACGAAAAAGAACGAGUUAGGGUUUUAGUGGGGACUUCUCUCCGUCUAAGUCUCUGCCAAGUAAGCUUCUUUGGACUUUCAGAUCAUGGCAUACUCGGAAUCAGCGACAGCCGAAAGAGAGCCGAUGCAGGUUAAUGCUUCUCCAAGGAAACCUAGGAUUCUACUUGCAGCUAGUGGAAGUGUAGCUGCAAUUAAAUUCGGUAAUCUUUGCCAUUGUUUUUCAGAAUGGGCAGAAGUUAGAGCUGUUGCCACAAAGGCUUCUUUACAUUUCAUUGACAGAGCCUCCCUUCCUAAGGAUGUUGUUCUUUACACUGAUGAGGAUGAAUGGUCCAGUUGGAAUAAAAUAGGAGAUAGUGUUCUUCAUAUUGAGCUGCGGCGCUGGGCUGAUAUCAUGGUAAUUGCCCCAUUAUCAGCAAACACACUUGGCAAGAUUGCUGGGGGAUUGUGUGACAAUCUGCUAACCUGUGUAGUUCGAGCAUGGGAUUAUAACAAGCCCCUUUUUGUUGCACCAGCCAUGAAUACUUUCAUGUGGAACAAUCCUUUCACAGAAAGGCAUCUCAUGUCGAUUGAUGAACUUGGAAUUUCCCUAAUUCCACCCGUCACAAAAAGGCUGGCUUGUGGGGAUUAUGGCAAUGGCGCAAUGGCUGAACCUUCUCUCAUCUACUCAACCAUAAGACUAUUCUUGGAGUCAAGGCCUCAACCAGGGGACGGAAGAGUUGGCUAAUUUGAUGUGAACUCUGUAUUGUGGCUACUCUUGGAUAUAUCAGUGAAUUAAAUGUGGAGAAAUCACAACUUAGGAUAGGUAGUGAUAUUAGACCUGUGUUGUAAUAAUAUUUUUUUUUUUUUUUUUUUCUUUUGAGGUAGAAUUUCUCAUUCAUCUUGUAACGCAGGAAUAUGUGGAGGAGUUCAUAUGACUUGAAUGCUGUAAAUUGCACUGUCUAUGGUAGGUAACUAAGUUAAUUGGAUAUA